AUGUUAGUGUCGCGUCAGCAGCAAAACUUCCCGGGUGAGACAGUGGGUGAAACAGGGAAGGGCAAAACUGUCAUGCAGGCGGAAAUCGACGCAGCCGCGGAGCUGAUCGAUUUCUUCCGAUUCAACGCCAAGUAUGCGCUGGAGCUGGAGAACUCUCAGCCCGUCAGCAUCCCCAUCAGCACCAACAGCAUGGUCUACCGGGGGCUGGAGGGCUUUGUGGCAGCUGUUUCGCCCUUUAACUUCACUGCGAUUGGCGGGAACCUGGCAGGGGCUCCGGCUUUGAUGGGAAACGUGGUCCUGUGGAAACCUAGCGACGCUGCCAUGCUGUCCAACUUCACCAUCUACAGAAUCCUCCUGGAAGCUGGUCUCCCUCCAAACGUCAUUCAGUUUGUCCCGGCUGACGGAGCUGUCUUUGGAGACACGGUCACAAGCUCUGAGCAUUUCUGCGGGCUCAACUUCACGGGCAGCGUGCCAACCUUCAAGCACCUUUGGAAGCAGGUGUCGGAGAACCUGGAUCGAUACCGCACCUUUCCGCGCCUGGCAGGAGAGUGCGGCGGGAAGAACUUCCACUUCGUGCACAGCUCAGCCGACGUGCCCAGCGUGGUGAACGGGACCCUGCGCUCGGCCUUCGAGUACAGCGGCCAGAAAUGCUCGGCCUGCUCCCGCCUCUACGCCCCCGACUCGCUGUGGCCCCAGAUCAAAGCGAAACUGUUGGAGGAGCACGGGAAGAUCAAAGUGGGAGACCCUGCCCAGGAUUUCGCGACGUUCUUCUCGGCUGUGAUCGAUGACAAGUCUUUUGCACGUAUUAAGAAGUGGCUCCAACACGCCAAGACGUCGCCCAACCUCAGCAUCCUGGCGGGGGGGACGUGUGAUGACACCGUUGGGUAUUUUGUCGAGCCGUGUAUCGUGGAGAGCAAAGACCCAAAGGACCCCAUCAUGGAAGAGGAAAUUUUUGGCCCAGUCCUGACUGUCUAUGUCUAUCCAGAAAAGCAGUACAAGGAAAUCCUACAGCUCAUAGACACCACAUCCCCCUACGGCCUCACGGGGGCAGUGUUCGCCCAAGAUAAGCACGUCAUCCAGGAAGCGAGGACGCUUCUGAGGAAUGCAGCUGGCAACUUCUACAUUAACGAUAAGUCGACAGGCGCAAUUGUGGCCCAGCAGCCAUUUGGGGGCGCUCGUGCCUCAGGAACCAACGACAAACCGGGCAGUCCCUUCUACCUCCUGCGCUGGACGUCUCCCCAGGCCAUCAAGGAGACCCACGUGCCGCUCGGAGACUGGCAGUACGCGUACAUGCAAUGAUCGCGGCCCAGUGCCUUCCAUGCUGGGAGAACGCCCUCUUACUACUGACUCCCAACGCAGAGCGGAGUUGCCGAUCUCAUUUCCAAGCUACGGCUCUAAUAGUAUUUAAAGCAUUUUGUUUUUUCAAACAAAAUUUAACAGACUGUUACCCAGCAACAAGAGCAACCCUUGUGAUUUCUCAAGCCCGAUGCAGGAGAUUAGUCUAAAGAAGGGUUCUUCUGUAGGCUGCAGUUUGUUCAUGGUCCUCUAGCAGGAGGAGGCCGCUCAUCAAGGUACCUUAGAACAGGAAUGCAGCAGCAAGAACCACAGGCCUGCGAGGCAGUAGAGGAGAAACGUUCUGGCAAGAAUGAGAUAACGGGGGUUCAUGCUAAUCUGUGCUGAACAAAUCCAUGAAGCUUGCCCUCCCACUCCACGUCCCAUAGAAUCAUAGAGGAACAUGCCCGUGGAGAUGUUCUUGUCCAUUUCUCCCCAUACAUUUGGUCUACGCAUGAUUGUGGUUUUCCAUCUAGAUCUCAGGGACUGAGUGUCUCCUGCUGCAGGUAUGAAGCCAGUGCCUAGUCUGCCAUUGGAGAGGGAACAAAUCAUGUUCUUUAAAGGGCUUGGCCAUACGAACACUUAUUUCUCCGCAAGCUGUGGUGUAAAUCUACCCUGCUGGGCACUAAAUGUCUAUGUGGACCUUGCUGCUGCCUGCUAAAAAUUCCCUACUGUGCUUUAAUCUACUCCAAGUGGGGGUAGAUCUAAGCUCCAUAGGAAAGUUUUAGUGCAUGGUAGAUUUACAUCCCAGCUUGCCAUAAGCUAAGUGUUUGUGUGGACAAGCCGUAUGUUUUCUCAAACACGGUAGGUGAUAAAAUGCCUUGCAUUAACACUUCUGCUGUAAAACCUUUGCAGAGUUUAGAGGGAAGAGGCAUUUAGGGAAAGUAAUGCAUGAAAACAGCAACUGAGUUGAGACUGGGCAGAGCCCUUGUCUUCCACCUCUGUCCAUCCUUUUUUAAAAGCAACCUGUAACACCCAUGUCCCUCUCCGCCAGAAUUGGGACCAAUUUUGCUUUCUCCCCCUGAACUGAGAUUCCUGAAAUAAUUAAAGCCAGAGCUAUAUGACUGGUACUGAAGCAGAUAAUGGCAUUAACAGGAUGGGCUUGUCCCUGUUACUUUCAGAGCUGUAUUAUUUUCCAAACACUUGUUUUUAGUUUAAUACAUGGGCCAUGUUACAAAUCAUGCUUGUUGGUUAAGAAGUCCUGUUCCGGGGAGUAGGGGGAAACGUAUGUGAACUCUGGCUUGAAUUGGUCCAGAGAGUUACACCAUUGGACUCUAGCUGUGCACUUUCCCAGAGUUCCUUGCGGUUAAGAUCAGAGGGUUUGCUUAGGCUCUAGUUUGAAUAGCGUAGUGACAGUAGCUCUAUUUUGCAUGUAGCACUGAGGGGAUGCUGUUAGCGUGCAUACCUCAUGGCUAUUUUGCUAUUAAACCCCUUGAUUUAAAAACUGAUUCAAUGCUAGGCACGUUUCACUUUAGUACAGUCACUAGCUGUGCUAAGCAAGCGUUAGCCAUACUAAUACUACUUUGCAACUGCGUCAGUAAUAGGUGCAUUAAGACUUUUUAGGUCUGCGAUUCACUAGCAGCUAUCCAGUUGGGCAGGCUACUCCCCGGUGAGGUUCCCUGAGUGGAUCCAGAGAGCAUUUCCUCUUCCGUGGCGUGGGUCUCAUGUUAGUAACAAGUGCGUGGCAGCUGCAGGAAUCUUAGCGACUGCUCAGAGGGAAAGAGAGCUGAUCACAAUGUUAAGAGUCCAUUUUGCCUCUGUUGGCCUUAGCCGCUUGCCAUGUGCACAGUGAACACGCCUGACUGUAUGUUCCUGUACAGCCUGGGUAACAUAUACCCACCUGUUCUGAGGCGCAAAACUGCUCUAAAUGGCAAAUGCUACCCCAGUCGUCUUAGUAGGUUCUUACGACGUGUCCACUGAGCUCUCAUAUCCAACUUUCCACAUCCUGAUUGGACAGGACCGUCUAACUUCAGUUCUAAUUUAGAAUGUUCCUUCAACAGCAAGCUGUUACGGUUGACAAUUCCACAGCCGGAAUUGUGAAACUGUAGAUGAUUGACAGUACAGCCGUUAAUUGUCUGAGGUUUCCAGUCAGUUAAAUGUUAACCUCUACUGGGCCUUGACUAGUAUUUAGCUUUCAGGUCAAUAAUUGUCACUGCCACUGAAGUCAAUAUCCACUUAUUGCAAAUGCUGAAUCAUGAGACAGAUAAGCUGUUGCCAUAACUUAGUUACACAGACUUGGAUGCAUUUUAAAAGGUAACUCUUGAAGCAAAGGUUUGUUAAUGACUGAUUCUACUAGCACUUUUUGGUUCUAACUGUGUAAGCUUGAAGGAAUCCACUGUGUUAGAUGAAGUAUUUGAUUCAAAAAAACAUUUCAAAUACUUAUUUACCUUUUAUCGCUAUGUAACAAAAGUAAUAUUAGACAAGAUUCAUGUGUACCAGUAGGCACAAUAGCAACAAGGUUUUGCAUAUUAAAAUAAAUCAGUAAUUUAUCCAGUAAAUUCAAACAUUCAUGUGAUUCAUAGCUGGAGCUACUCUAUUUUAUAUAGGUUUGUGAGGUAAGUUUGCAUAACGCUGCCGGUGAGAAUAAAUUCUUUUCCCCUGAUUCUGCAUUUUAGUGCUUGUCUACACCGUACGGCCUACAGAGGUGUGAAUUGUAGCACACACUAAAGUUUUUAGUGCUGUAAUUACCCCACGUAGAUCUUGCUAGCAUGAACUAAGAGAUAGCGUAGGGCUGUUUUAAAUGAGACUACAUUGCUAUGAACUAGGUACCUUUUAGUUCGCGCUAGCAGGGUCUACUUACAGCACAAAACUUCAGUGUGGGCUGCAGUUCGCACCCUGCAGUCUGCACUGUGGGGUCAUGUAGACAAGUCCCUUAGCGUAUGUCUACACUGCAGUUACAUACCCAGGGCUGGCCUGUCAAGAGAUGAUGUACCAGGCCAUGCUACUGCUGGAUCUUAGCCAAGAUCCAGGCUUAGGGCCUGUUUAAUCGUGGUGUAGACUUUUGGGUUUGGUCUGGACCCAAUUAAACAGUCUCUUACCCCGAACCCCGUGAGCUGAGUCACCAACCACUGGUUUGUAAUUGCAGUGUAGACGUACCCUUAGUGCCGAGUGACUUGGGUAUCUGUCCUCCCAGCUCUUACCUGCCUCUCGGCUAUCCUCGCCAGGUCUUCACUCCCUUCCUAGCAGCUAUCUCUCAAGUGCUCGCAAUAGAAUCUACAUCCUACCUCUGCCUGCUUCACGGCUUGUUCUACCCCUCGUUCCUUGUUCAACUUAAAGCAAAACUGCGGCGUUAGCUCAGUAGCCCCUGCUGUCCCAGCCCUACCAACUUCCUGGUGCACUGGUGUAGUUUCCCUCAUUUUAUCCCAUUCCUUUCCACCUACAUAGGGUGGAAUCCAGGAUAGGAGAUGACCUGGCCUUGUACCUCUUAAAAACCAGUGAGUUUUAAAAGCCCAAAAGCUUUUAAGCAUGGAAUGACCCUCUUGGAAUAACAGGUGUUUCCUAGCGUAAGGAUGAAAGAGGGUGGUUCUUUUGGACUCACUGAUCCUGCUUAUCAUGCAAGAAAGCACCUGGGUUUGUUUUUAGUUGCAAACUCCGUCCUGCUUCAAGCAACCCUGCCCCAGUUUGGAAGCCAGAUGAAACUCAUCAAGUCAGCUAGAGUGCCACUUUGCUUUUUGGGGGGUUCAAAGGAACCCGCCCUCUCAGCCUCAAGUGGUGCAAAUCCCAUGGAUCAAAACCAAAGAGGUCGCUUGCAUAAAACCCUGUGGAUGCAAACAGAGCCACUGCCCCAAAAAGCAGCUUGUCGUCCCCUGUGCAACUCACUCUCCGGCCUAGUGGAUUGCCGUGGUAGUGCCGGAGACGUGCGAAAAACAAUUGUUUUGUUUUGCUCCUUCCCAACUAUACAUGAAUGUCUUUCUAAUAUUAGAAACUGCUGCUAAGAAUCCUUUGCUAUGUUUGCCACACAAGGAGAAGUAAUAAAGUCUUGUUUAAUCCUA